GUUAUCAAAACCAAAUUCUGCCCAGCCUCUGCUGAAGACAUCAGCCACCAUCACAGCUUAUAAUAAUACAGCAUUAUUGCACUAUAUUCCCACAUUUUGAUUUAUACAGCUGGAUCAAACUGAGGAUGUCGGGAAGCUCCGGGAACGGGAAGCUGCGUCAGUGGCUGAUCGAACAGGUGGACACUGGGAAAUAUCCCGGGUUAGUGUGGGAGGAUCGAGAGCGAACCACCUUCCGCAUCCCGUGGAAACACGCAGGGAAGCAGGACUAUAACAGAGACGAGGACGCGGCGCUCUUCAAGGCCUGGGCUCUGUUUAAGGGGAAGUAUCGUGAGGGAAUAGAUAAACCGGAUCCACCCACCUGGAAAACGCGUCUCAGGUGCGCGCUGAACAAGAGCAGCGACUUUGAGGAGCUCGUGGGCCGAAGUCAGCUGGACGUUUCAGAGCCGUUUAAAGUUUACCGGGUUAUUCCUGAGGGAACCAAAAGAGGACCAAAAUCAUAUGAGAAAGUUUCCACAACCUCAGGUCAUCAUAACUACCCGUUUUAUCCGUCAUAUCAACCGGUGGAGAGUCAGGUGUGUAACUUCCUGUCUGCUGCAGACCGUAGCUGGAGGGACUUCCUGUGUGAGCAGAACUCACUGUCAGACGUCCACUUCAGCCAGAACUCGCGCUGGGACACUGGGUACCAGAUAAGUGGAUCUUUUUACAGCUGUAACACAUUUGAUUCUCCUCCCUCACCGUUCACCCUGGAGACCAGCAUGAGAUCAGCAGAGGCCAUGGCACUGUCAGACGCGCGUCUGCAGGUGACGGUGUUCAGCGGUGAGACUCUGGUCGCAGACGUCACCGUCACGAGCGCCGAGGGCUGUCGACUGGCUCCUCAUGACGACAACUGGAGCUACAGUGGCCCGGGCGGCCCGGAGCUGGUGCCUCUUCCUGGAGCGCUGGAGGGGGGCAUUCUGCUCUGGAUGACGCCCGACGGCCUGUACGCCCGAUGCUUCUGUCAGAGCCAGGUCUACUGCGACGGGACGCAAUCAAACCUGAGCACCAAACUCUGUAAACUAGAGAGGGAGCAGACCAGCAAACUACUGGACACACAACUCUUCCUGACAGAACUCCAGGGUUAUUUCCUGCACACACGUCCUCCUCCGCGUUUCCACGUGCAGCUGUUUUUUGAGUGCUGUGACCCCUCCGCAGACAAGAGACCCCUGACAGUUCAGGUGGAGCCGCUGUUCGCCCGGCAGCUGCUGCUCCUCCUCCAGCAGGGCGGCGUGAAUUACAUGAGAAGCACCCAUGAACUUUCACCUCUGACCCCUGAGCAGAUUUACACCCAUCAAGAUUUCCCUGCCAUCAACGCACACCAGACGCAUGGCAGCUUCAUCCAAGAGUGACCCCGCAGGAGAUACAAGACGUUUCUAGAUUUUACUGUGUAUUGGCAAAGUAAAAGAUACCAAUUUUUAAUUAAGUUAAUAAUAUUAAUAACCCCAAAACUACAUACAGGUGAGCCACGUAGCAACUUAAUGCAUUAAUACAAAGUGUGUCACAACAUUUUACAGGUCCUUCAAAACAAAAUACAUAUUACUAUUUUUUAUAUAUAUAUAUAUAUAUAUAUAUAAAAAAUAAAAAAAACAAAAUAUAUUUCUUAAAGGAACACUCCACUUUUUUUGAAAAUAGGCUCAUUUUCCAGCUCCCCUGGAGUUAAACAGUUGAGUUUUACCGUUUUCGAAUCCAUUCAGCCGAUCUCCGGGUCUGGCGGAACCACUUUUAGCAUAGCUUAGCAUAGUUCAUUGAAUCUGAUUAGACCGUUAGCAUCUCGCUCAAAAAUGACCAAAGAGUUUCAAUAUUUUUCCUAUUUAAAACUUGACUCUUCUGUAGUUACAUCGUGUACUAAGACCGACGGAAAAUGAAAAGUUGUGAUUUUCUAGGCCGAUAUGGCUAGGAACUAUACUCUCAUUCCGGCGUAAUAAUCAAGGAACUUUGCUGCCGUACCAUGGCUGCAGCAGCCGCAAUGAUAUUACGCAGCGCCUGUGACCCCCUGCUUACACAGGGAGCGUGCCUUGCAACCAUGGAGACAUUUGUGAGAGACGCUGCGUAAUAUCAUUGCGGCUGCUGCAGCCAUGGUACGGCAGCAAAGUUCCUUGAUUAUUACGCCGGAAUGAGAGUAUAGUUCCUAGCCAUAUCGGCCUAGAAAAUCGCAACUUUUCAUUUUCCGUCGGUCUUAGUACACGAUGUAACUACAGAAGAGUCGAGUUUUAAAUAGGAAAAAUAUCGAAACUCUUUGGUAAUUUUUUAACGAGAUGCUAACGGUCUAAUCAGAUUCAAUGAACUAUGCUAAGCUAUGCUAAAAGUGGUUCCGCCAGACCCGGAGAUCGGCUGAAUGGAUUCGAAAACGGUAAAACUCAACUGUUUAACUCCAGGGGAGCUGGAAAAUGAGCCUAUUUUCAAAAAAAGUGGAGUGUUCCUUUAAAUUAUAUAUAUAUAAUUUAAGAAAUAUAUUUUGUUUUUUAAUUUUAUUUAAAUAUAUAUAUAUAUAUAUAUGGAAAAAUAAUUAAAGUAUUAAUCUGAAAACAUUAAGAAAUAUUUCAGUGGCUGUCUGAUUAAUAAUGUUUAUAUUUUUGUGCUUUGUAUGUUAUUUUCUCUGCUUGCACUGUUAUGUUGUAAAUUCAACUGCAUCUCAGGGACAAAAUCUGUUCAAAAUGAAUGUAUGUGAAUUAAAUAUCCACAUACUGCUUAUUGCACAGUAUAUACUGUAAAAUGAAAUAAAUAAAAGUAUGUGAAACUAUA